AUGCAGCCCACCACCGUCCGAGCUCUUCAGGCCUCCAGAAUGAUGGCCAUGCGACCCUCGACUCUGCUUCGAGCCUCUGCCACUCUGGGACACACUACUCCUUCCGUGCCCAAGGUUUCUCUCAAGUUCGAGAGCCCCAAGAUGCCCGAAGGAACCCCCGUCCAGACCCACAUUAACCCCUUUGUCAAACACCCUGUUUCUUUCGUUCCCCACGCCCAGGACUUCAAGCGAACCGUGGGAAACAUUGUUCCCUGGGCCCUUUUUCUGUUCACCUUUUUCUCCUGGACCUUCAUCUACAAGUGGUACAACCAUGCCACCUACGGACGAGCGUCGGCCGUCGAGCACAAGCACCCUACCCCUGACGUUUGGUACAAGAAGUACACCUCUUGGUUCAACUAG